AUGGGUUUGGAUUUUGACGUGUUAGAAUUCUGUAAGAAGUUGAGGCAGAAUAGACCUCCACCAUACCAGUGUCCUCUAGAGAAAUGUGAUAAGGUUUAUAAAAGUUUGUGCGGUUUACAGUAUCACUUAGUUAAUUACGAUCAUGAUAAUCCGACGCCGGCAACACCAACAGUUGCUCAUCAUAGAAAGAAAGGGAGAUUUAAAGCCGCUGUGCCUACAGGAGACAUAGCAUUACAGAGUCCACCAAAAGAAGCACUAACUUUUGCAGAGGCACAAAAGGUAGUGCAAUUCGAAAUUGAUGGUAAAAUAAGUAGGAUUCCAAUAGAUCAACCUGUGCCAGUUAUAUCAUUAGAAGAGUGGGAGAAGAGAAAUGGAGAGUUGGAGAAGCCAUUGCCAUUUGUGGAACCACCACAGGAGCCACAUGUAAAACUUCCAGAGGCAAGCUUCAAGCUAAUACCAGACUACAAUGAAAGAGUAUGUGAUGCCCCACCAAGGCCAAAUGCCUACAUUCGCUUUAUUGAAAAAUCUGCAGAAGAACUCGAUGGAGAAGUGGAGUAUGAUGUGGACGAAGAAGACACAGCCUGGCUGACUAUCAUCAAUAAAAAUAGAACUAAACAAGGUCUGCCGAGUGUUUCUGUAGACACUUUAGAAUUGCUCAUGGACAGAUUAGAAAAGGAAUCAUAUUUUCAGGCAUCACAGAAUGGGCAACAAACAACUGCCACAGUGGAUGAAGAUGCUGUGUGCUGUAUAUGCAUGGACGGAGAAUGUCAGAAUACCAAUGUUAUUCUAUUCUGUGACAUGUGCAAUUUGGCUGUUCAUCAGGACUGCUAUGGAGUACCUUACAUACCCGAGGGACAGUGGCUAUGUCGAAGAUGUCUACAAUCACCAUCAAGACUUGUCAAUUGUGUUCUUUGUCCAAAUAUGGGAGGUGCGUUCAAGCAAACCGAUCAGAGUACUUGGGCACAUGUGGUGUGUGCUCUCUGGAUUCCUGAAGUGCGAUUUGCCAACACUGUAUUCUUGGAGCCUAUAGAUUCAAUAGAAACAAUACCACCUGCUCGCUGGAAGUUGCAAUGUAUGGUCUGCAAGCAACGAGGUGUAGGCGCAUGUAUACAAUGUCACAGAAGCAACUGUUACAGUGCUUUUCAUGUUACUUGUGCACAGCAGGCUGGACUGUAUAUGAAGAUGGAGGCUGCAGGUACCGGUAGAGAUCCCAGUCAACCAGUUCAGGUUGCAAAGAUGGCAUAUUGCGACGCCCAUACACCGGCACAUAUAUUACAGGAACGUCGUGCGGCCGAGUCGGAAGGAGAAACUAAAUCAAAUGAUUUAUCAGCCAUCAGACAAAAGGGUAGAGACAAGAUUAAGCAAGCUCGCCGAGUGCUGGCAUUAAAACGAACAUGGGCACCAGUAGUCCUAGUGCCAACGUUACCUGCCGAGCGAGUGGCAGAAAUAGCUCAGCUAGCGGACGGGCCGCCGGCAGCGCGUGCGCAACUCAUGAAGCGGUUGUUGGCUUAUUGGACGCUGAAGAGGCACAGUCGGAACGGCGUGCCUCUGUUGAGGAGGCUGCAGAGCCUGACUAGCCAUCACGGAACCAGGGGAAUUCAGGAUGGCACUGUUAACGUCAGAGAGCUUUGCAACCAGCUCAAAUAUUGGCAACGGAUACGCCAGGACUUGGAAAGAGCGAGAUUGCUGUGUGAGUUAGUUCGAAAGCGAGAACGACUUAAGGCUGAAUACACACGAGUGUGGGAACGUUGCGUUUUACACACCCUCAGACCCGAUCGAGCUGCUUUACACAAAUUGUUGCGACAGCUUAAGCAGAGAGAUGCAAGCGACAUCUUUACUGAACCUGUUGAUCUAAAUGAGGUGCCAGACUACAGCACUAUUGUUCGACACCCAAUGGACCUCAGUACAAUGGGCAAAAAACUGGAUAAAGGUCAAUACAAGACGAUAGACGACGUUGAGGCUGACUUCCAACUUAUGAUAGACAACUGCCUCACUUACAAUAAUAAGGAUACGGUUUUCUAUAAAGCCGGUGUGAAGAUGCGUGAACAGUGCAAAUCGAUAUUCCGUCAAGCGCGACGCGACGUUCGCGAGGCGGGAAUGUCCGAGCUGGCCGGGACCGCUGACGCUGAGGAGUCUUUAGAGAUUACUCUCAGCCCGCGAAGACGUCGAAGUUGUGACUCGCGACGGACGCGACCAAGCAGCAGUGACAGCGAGCGUACAGCCGAUACUCGCAGCGAACGUGGUGUGUCAGUGGCACGCAGUGAGAAAAGGGCUGCCAGUGUCAAUCCAGCUUCCGACGAUGAUGAUACGCGGGACGAUUCCCCAAUUGUAACCAAUAAAGUGAACAAGAAUUGGUGGCGGGGGCGUGGCCGAGGCAGGGGUAGGCGAGGCCGACGGGGUAGAGGACGCCCUGCGCUAUCCGUUGUGAGACAACUGCAAGAGGCUGACACAGCUACAUCUGACUCGGAAACACCAAUAACCAAUAAGAAGAGUGAACGCACCCAAAAGCUGGUAACACCCGACAAGUCACCUACUAAGAUUCCAGAGCCGGCAACACCAAAUACAAGUAUGGGUCUGUUAGGCGGGCUAAGAAAACCAACACUGCUUGUACCACCGUCUUCUAUUACGACACCGCCAAAAAGUUUUGGUGCUGAUGCCACGUUGCCUACAUUAUCAGCCAGCUUAGGACGCACGCCAGAACCACGUAAGAAGGGACGCGGCCGUCCUCGGAAGCACGAUAAAGAUAAGCCUUCUUCGCCCGAUCUCUUUAGGUCAUCAUUACUGGGAGAUAAGACCCCGGUACCUGCAUCGUUCCUUCAAUACCGUGGACCGCCGGGAGAAGUCGGUUCGGACAGUGAUUUAGCGUUAUCAAGAUCGUCCAGCAGCAGUUCCGUGUGGUCCCAGUCGUGUUCGUCCUGUACUCACUACGAUGAUGAAAAUGCUUCAGACAGAACUUGCUCGCUGUCUUCUUCAGAUGCUGAAGGUUCCAGCUGCAAUGAAACAGUGGAGUCAAAUAUGGAGGGUAGUUCGACAGACAGGCGGAGGAUGCCUCGGCGGACGCGUACUGCUGAAACGGAAAAGGAAUCUCCCACUACGCCUCAAAAGGGUCGCGGUACCAGAUCAACUUCGACGAAAACACCAGUAAAGAAUCCUCAACCAGAUGUUCUAAUGGAGCCACUGCAGUUGGUAUGGGCUAAAUGCAGAGGCUAUCCAUGGUACCCAGCAUUAAUAAUAGAUCCAAAAAUGCCAAAAGGUUUUAUAUACAAUGGCGUGCCUCUACCGGUUCCGCCACAAGACGUUUUGAACCUGAAGAAAAACUAUGCUCACGAACCCAUACUAUACCUCGUUCUAUUCUUUGAUGUGAAGAGAACCUGGCAAUGGUUGCCUCCGAACAAAUUGGAACUCUUAGGCAUAGACAAGUCUGUGGAUCAGGCGAAAAUGGUUGAAUCCAAAAAACCCACUGAUAGAAAGGCGGUCAAGAAGGCCUACGGAGACGCGAUGCAGUUUCGCAAACAGGUGGAUGGAGAGAAAUGA